AUGGCCAGUUCACCUCCAGUUGCCGUGCCGGCCGAGAGCCCAGCGACGACGACGGCACCAAUCCUAAUCCCAAACGCAACGGCCCCUCUUGAGCCCGAGGAAGAAAGCAAUACAACUGACGAUACCUCCUCAAUCGAUGAGCGCAUUUCCAAUUUCACCGCCUCGCUAUCGUCAAGCGUUGUUGAUUACCCUGUCGAGUAUGGACGCCGGUAUCACGCGUACAGACCGGGCACUUACAAGUUCCCCAAUGACGAGAAGGAGAUGGACCGGCUUGAUCUCGCGCAUGCGAUGAUUGUCAAGGCGACGGGCAGCAAACUCUUCCAUGCCCCUCUCGAUUGGGACAAGAUCCAUUCCAUCCUAGACAUCGGGACAGGCACCGGACUUUGGGCUGUUGAAAUGGGCGACAUCUUUGAACGCGCCGAGGUUUACGGGAAUGACUUGAGCGCUAUUCAGCCCCAAUGGAUCCCUCCUAAUGUCAGGUUUGAGAUCGACGACGUUGAGAGUCCCUGGGUCGAGACCAAAAAGUACGACUUCAUCAUGUGCCGCUACAUGACAGCCUCAAUUACGGACUGGCCCAAGCUGGUCCGCAACAUUUACAACCACCUAAACCCGGGCGGCUGGGUCGAGUUCCUAGACAUGAACCCGGAAUUCUACUCCGAGGAUGGCAGCUACACCCGAGACCACGCCACGUACAAGUGGAACCAGACCUUUUUGGCCGCCAUCCGGGCCGUUGGGCGUGACCCGACCCCUGGCCCGGGACACGAGGCCCGCGUCCGGGAGGCGGGCUUCACCAACGUCACGGCAGAGAAGUACAAGGCGCCGCUGACGCCCUGGGCCAAGGACCAGCACUACAAGGACCUGGGUAUGAUGAACCUGGUCCUAACGAUUGAUGGGUUGGAGGGGUUUUCGAUGAAGAUGUUUACUGAAGUCCUUGGACGGACGAGGGAGGAGGUCGAAGUGGAGAUCAUGGGCGUGAGGAACGAGUUGAAGGCCAACCCGCCCAUUUUCCGUGCGUUGGUUGAAUUCGAUGUUGUGUACGGACAGAAACCGCUUGCUGAGCCUGAAGAGCACACCGAGGCAUAA